CUGACUUUCUGCUAAUAGCAAAAAAGUGUACACACAGCCACAGAAGCAAACAUGGACUUCAAUGGGAGCCAGGACUAUGGGUCCUAUCCAACAGGAUUUCCCUACAACACAAGCAUGGACUAUGAGGACUACUACCAGGAGCCUGAUGCCAGUAAAAUCAUCAUCCCAUCCAUCUAUGCCCUUGUCUGUUGUGUAGGUCUCACUGGUAAUGCCAUGGUCAUUUAUGUCAUCCUGAAAUAUGCCAAAAUGAAAACAGCCACUAAUAUUUACAUCCUGAACUUGGCUAUCGCCGAUGAGCUGUUCAUGUUGAGCGUUCCGUUUCUGGCCACGUCGGCUGCGGUCCGCCACUGGCCCUUCGGCUCGCUGAUGUGCCGGUUGGUGCUGAGCGUCGACGGUAUCAACAUGUUCACAUCAAUCUUCUGCUUGACUGUGCUCAGCGUGGACCGUUAUGUAGCGGUGGUCCACCCUAUCAAGGCCGCCCGCUACCGCAGACCCACCGUGGCAAAAGUGGUCAACGUGUGUGUAUGGGGCUUGUCCCUAAUAGUCAUCCUGCCCAUCAUCAUCUUUGCAGACACUGUCCCAGCCCAGGACGGUGGCGUUGACUGUAACUUCCUGUGGCCUGAGGCGGCAUGGUCAGAAGCCUUCGUGGUCUACACCUUCCUGCUGGGUUUUCUGCUACCAGUGGGCGCCAUCUGCCUGUGCUACUGCCUGAUGGUGGCCAGGAUGCGAGCGGUGGGGCUCAAAGCUGGCUGGCUUCAACGGCGGCGCUCAGAGAAGAAGAUCACCCGCAUGGUGCUGCUGGUCGUCGCAGUGUUCGUUCUCUGCUGGAUGCCCUUUUACAUCGUGCAGCUGAUCAGUGUUUUCCACCGACCGCCGGACCCGAUGGUCACCCAGCUCUUCGUCAUCCUCAGCUACGCCAACAGCGGUGCCAACCCCAUCCUCUACGGCUUUGUGUCUGAUAAUUUCCGGCGUUCCUUCCAGCGGAUCGUGUGUUUCCGGUGGCUCGAGUCAGGGCUGGAUGCAGAGCAGGUUGAUUACUGUGCUGUAGCGCUGAAGAGACAAGCAACAUGUGGCCCACCGGAUUUCCCUAAGGACUGCAUGGCCUCUGAUAUGGUGUUCCGAAACGGGACGUAUACCUCCCGCACAACCACACUGUAA